GUUGGAUUCUUCAUUGGCUUUCUCGGCGUGACUGCCAUUUGUACUCAAAAAAUUAUGUUUUUUCAGAAAGUCUUUUGUUAACCCGCAGACACCUUUCACACUCGCAGAGCCUAGUUAUGAGAGAACGACGUGCAACAACUGGCUUCAAGGUGGCUGGAAUCGCGACCGGGAAGAGUAAUGGCGCCAAAUCAUCUCGCAAGGAGCCGAUUAAGUCGGUAAACCCUAAGCAGACUGCCACAAAGCCCAAGAAGAGAGCAGCUCCAGCUCAAGAAGAAAGUGACGACGACCUCGAAGACUUUGGAAACGUUGAAAUUGAUAUCAAUUCCGAUGAAGAAGAUGAGGAGAUUGACGAAAACGAUGCCGAGGAAUCUGACAAUGAAGUGGAAGAGUUCCCCGAAGAUCAAAGUGAAGGCGAAGAAGAAGACGUUGCAGCUGACGAGAAUGAAGACGAAGACGAAGAUGACGAUUACAUGGCAGGUGAUAGUCUGGAUGAAGAAGAUUGGAAUGAAGAAGCAAAGAUCAGCCAGCGACCUACCAAGUUGCCCGAAAUUGAAGCCAACUAUGAUAGUGAUUCAUCUACUGAAGAUGUAGAAAAUACUGUUGGAAAUGUACCAAUGGAAUGGUAUGAUGAUUUCCCUCAUAUUGGUUACGACAUUGAUGGAAAGCGAGUUCUUCGCCCUGCUAAGGGAGAUGAAUUGGAGAAGUUCUUGUCAACCAUGGACGACCCCGAUUCCUGGAGAUCAGUAUCUGUAGAUAAGGAAGGAAAGGACAUGGUUCUUAACGACGAAGAGCUUGAUAUCAUUCGCCGUAUUCAAGGUGGCGACAUUCCAGAUGCGGAUUACAAUCCAUAUGAACCUACUGUGGAAUGGUUCAGUAGUAAGAAGGAAGUCAUGCCUCUAUCAGCAGCUCCAGAGCCAAAGAGAAGAUUUAUUCCUUCCAAGUGGGAAGCCAAGAAGGUCAUGAAAAUCGUCCGUGCUAUUCGUACCGGGCGAAUUGUUCCCCGAAAGCCUGCUACCGAAAAGCCUCGCUUUUAUAAUCUUUGGGGAGACGAAGACGAACCUCGUGAAGAUCAUAUCAUGCAUAUUCCUGCACCAAAGAUGAAAUUGCCUGAACAUGACGAAAGUUACAAUCCACCAGAGGAAUACCUGCCAACUGAACAAGAGAUUAAGGAAUGGAAAGAUCUCGAUCCUGAGGAUCGACCCAAGAACUAUCUUCCCACAAAAUAUAACAGUCUUAGACAAGUGCCAGCAUACGGAAGAUUCAUACAGGAGCGUUUUGAGCGAUGUCUCGAUCUUUACCUUGCACCCCGUGUACGCAAAAACCGACUUAAUAUCGAUCCAGACUCGCUUAUACCAAAACUCCCUAGCCCGAAGGAUCUCCAACCUUUCCCUACACAGCAAUCAAUCAGCUAUGAAGGUCAUACUGGUCGUAUUCGCUGUUUCUCACUUGAUCCAGUUGGCUUGUAUAUGAUUUCCGGUUCGGACGACCAGACUGUUCGUCUUUGGGAAAUCUCAACAGGACGUUGCCUCAACACUUGGACAUUCGAUGGUGUCAUUCAUUCCAUCGCUUGGAAUCCUAAUCGCGAAUUGUGUUUGUUUGCCGUUUCUGUUGGCCACGGCAACGUUACAUUGAUCACACCUCCUCGCAUUGGCUCGCCAGAACAAAUAUCUCUUACGGACGAAUACAUUCAGCAAGGAUAUGCCGCCAUGUCCACUGCUGGAAGUGACGACAAGGAGGCACGUAAUCCCAUACCGUGGGUUAAACCCAAUGCAGCUGACCAGGAGAAGCUUGGAUACAGAGUACACCUUUCGCAUACACAAGCUGUUAAGCAAAUUACAUGGCAUAGAAAGGGAGACUACUUUGCCACUGUCGCUCCUGAUGCCAAGAACCUUGCCGUCCUGAUCCAUCAAAUUACCAAAUAUCAAACACAAGCACCAUUCCGCAAGCUGAAGGGUUUGGUCCAACGAGUUAUGUUCCACCCUACCAAGCCAUUGUUUUUCGUUGCUACACAAUUGUAUGUUCGUGUAUACAAUCUCAUGAAGCAAGAAUUGAUCAAGACUCUUCAGUCCGGAGUCAAGUGGAUUUCAAGUCUUGAUGUUCAUCCUGGAGGUGACAAUGUGAUUGUGGGCAGUUACGACAAGCGACUCUGUUGGUUUGAUCUUGACCUUAGCGCUAGACCUUACAAAACCUUGCGUUACCACUCACAAGCCAUUCGCCAAGUCACUUUCCACAGACGCUACCCAUUAUUUGCUUCGGCCUCCGACGACGGAUCUAUCCAGAUUUUCCACGGCAUGGUUUACAACGAUUUGCUUCAGAACCCCUUGAUUGUCCCUGUCAAGAUUUUGCGUGGCCAUCAAGUUGUCAACAGCUUGGGUGUUUUGGACAUUGAAUUCCAUCCUACUCAGCCAUGGAUAGUUUCCAGUGGAGCUGAUCACUCUUUGCGCCUUUGGACGUAAAUGUUUACCGCCUACGGUGUGAUGUUCAUACAUUUUAUUUUUUUCAAGUAACAAUAGAUUAUAAAUUGCAUUUUGAUUCUAAGGUGGUGGAAGACCUG